GCACUGGCUCUAUUGUGUCUUGUGUCAAAAUGAUUUGAUGUGUGUAAUAUACGAUGUCUUACGAAUAUAACGUCAGUGCCCCGAGACAGUUUUGAUAAAUUAUCUGACGUGUGAGUUUAUGAUGUAGUUUACUGCGAUAGAGUCAAAAGUAAUUGGUGUCGUUUUUGUACGUGUCGACAUACGCAGCAAUUAGGAAUUGGUGUGAGUUGACUUCGUGUGUUUGGUGUGUGAACAACUCAUCAAUAUUUGAUCUGCUGACACGAGUAUGCACACAAAGUUCGAACACAUGAGUGUCGCUUAUACUGCUUUAAACAAUUUGGAUAGUUCCAAUGGCGGGAGAAAAGGAAACGAUGCCUCACAUCACCUUAUGCGGGACUGGCGAAGACAAUUACGAACUCCACCAACAUAUCGACUGGGUAAUCGAACGUUUCGCAUUCACUAUCACGUAGCACUGCUCUGCAUUUGUUUUGGCGCAUUGAUUUUGGUGUUUCUGUUCCUGAAACACGAUUCACAAUCAUCGUACUCAAACAAACGGAAAUGGUACGUACAAUAUGAGCAAACAACGAAAAAGGAAUCCGAAUACAAUUACACAUAUCCAUUGACGGCGGCGGUAAUCAAUAAUGGUGUUCAAACGUAUCGAAUUGGUAUGAUAGCAGAUCUUGAUAAAGCUUCCGAAGAUCCACAGAAGGGAAAUGUGUGGCGAAGCUACUUGAAGAUGGGCUAUUUGAGUUAUAAUCCGUCGCUGAACACAGUCGAAGUAAGUUUCAAUGAUAAUGAGAACCCAACCGAGUAUUCCGGCAGCUAUUCGUUGAAGGGACGAGGCAUGGAAUUAUCUGAAUUGGUCACAUUCAACGGUCGCAUGCUCACUUUCGACGAUCGAACUGGAUUGGUGUUUGAGUUGAAAGAUAAAAAAGCGCUUCCUUGGAUUUUGCUCAUGGACGGUCAAGGUAAUACUGGCAAAGGAUUCAAAAGCGAAUGGGCAACUGUGAAAGAUGAGGUAUUAUACGUUGGCUCGAUGGGUAAAGAGUGGACUACGAGUGCAGGUGACUUUGAAAGUUUUGAUCCGAUGUAUGUAAAAGCCAUCACGAUAAGCGGAGAGGUACACCAUUUGAAUUGGAUUGAAAAUUAUCAAUCACUUCGAAGGGCACUUGGAAUCGAAUGGCCAGGCUAUUUACUGCAUGAAUCUGCUACAUGGUCACCAAUCAAUCGGAAAUGGUACUUUUUACCAAGGAGGUGCUCAAAAGAAAGAUAUAACGAGACAAAGGAUGAACUGAUGGGCUGCAAUAAACUCAUUUCGGCCGAUGAAAACUUCCAUAAAAUCGAAACUGUCCAAUUGGGUCCAUACAAACCAACGUUUGGCUUUUCAAGUUUUAAAUUUAUUCCCGGCAGCAAUGAUAACGUUAUCGUAGCCAUUCUCAGUGAAGAAUUCAAUGGAAAAACUGCCACUCACCUAACAGUAUUCACCAUUGAUGGCAAAACGUUGCUUGGCCCAAUUAAAAUCAAAACUGAUUACAAAUAUGAAGGCAUUGAAUUUUUCUAGGUCAGGUGCUCGAUUGUUUAGUUAGUGUCCAAAAUGUACUAAUUAAUCGAGAGAAGAAAAAAAGUAGAAUAAUUUAUGUGCGAUAUUCGUUUGUAAGUUUACCCUGUAUAAAUAGAGUUCGCUUUUGCAAUUGUAAAAUACAUCGAUUGUUUUUCGCCGCCUAAUCAAGUCAAAUAGAUAGGAUGAUAUUUUAUUAAUUUAUUUAUGACGACGAUUAUUGCCAAUCAACAGUAAACAAUAGACACGAAAUAUCAAAACGUCGUUGCAGAAAAUUGUAUAAAACAAAUAUUUGUAAUAAAGUACAAAUAAGCCGAUUUCCUUUUAA